UAUAGACGUGGAAGUUGUUCAGACUCCUUUGAUAAUGGCAGGGAUAUGGAAAGGACCGGCGAUUGGAAUCGAUCUGGGAACAACAUAUUCAUGUGUUGGAGUAUGGCAGCACGGUCGUGUUGAAAUCAUAGUCAACGAUCAGGGCAACAGAACCACUCCUUCAUGUGUUGCAUUCACGGAUACACAGCGUUUUAUCGGCGACGGGGCUAUGAAUCAGAUUGCUACAAACUCCAUCAACACUGUUUACGAUGUGAAGAGAUUGAUUGGUAGGAAGUUUAGUGAUCCGUUGGUGCAAAGUGGCACCAAACACUGGCCUUUCAAGGUGAUUUCUGGGCCAGAAGACAAACCAAUGAUUGUUGUCAAAUACAAAGGCGAGGAGAAUCAGUUCUAUGCGGAGGAAAUAUCUUCCAUGGUUUUAAUGAAGAUGAAGGAGAUUGCUGAAGUCUUUUUGGGAACACCUGUGAAAAAUGCUGUCAUUACAGUCCCGGCUUACUUCAAUAACUCACAAAUACGAGCCACCAAGGAUGCUGGUUUAAUUGCUGGUCUGAUCGUGAUGCGUAUCAUCACUGAGCCAACUGCUGCUGCGAUUGCCUAUGGUCUAGACAAGAGAUCAACAAGCAACGUAGGAGAGAAGAAUGUCCUUAUUUUCGACCUUGGUGGAGGAACAUUUGAUGUAUCUAUCUUGACCAUUACUGAGUCUGUCUUUAAAGUGAAGGCCAUCGCUGGUGAUAACCAUUUGGGAGGAAAGGACUUUGAUAACAGGAUGGUGAAUCAUUUUGUGCAGGAAUUCAAACUAAAGAAAAAUAAGGACAUAAGUGGAAACCCCCGUGUUCUAAGUAGGCUGAGGAUGGCAUGCGAGAGGACGAAAAAGAUUCUUUCAUAUACUCUGGAGACGACCAUAGAGAUUGAUUCUCUCUUGAAUGGUGUUGACUUUAAUUUUAAUUUAACCCGAGCUAAGUUUGAGGAGAUGAACAAUGAUCUAUUCAGUAAGUGUAUGGAACUUGUUGAGAAAUGCUUGAAUGAUGCGGAGAUGGAAAAGAGUUGUGUUCAUGAUAUUGUCCUGGUCGGUGGUUCUACUAGAAUUCCCAAAGUACAACAACUUCUUGAGAGUUUCUUCAAUGGCAAGGAACUUUGCAAGAGUAUCCACCCUGAUGAGGCUGUCGUCUUUGGGGCUACGGUUCAAGCUGCCAUUUUGUGUGGGGAGGGAAAUAUAAAAAAAGAUCUCGAUAACACUCCCCUCUCUCUUGGAACUGAGAUAAAUGGUGGCAUGAUGUCGGUCAUUAUUCCUAAGAACACUUCAAUUCCCACGAAGAUUGAGAAAAUAUUCUAUACUAAAUCUGAGAACCAAUCAAGUGUUUUGAUUAAUGUGUUCGAAGGGGAGAGAGCAAUGACGAAAGAUAAUAACUUGCUUGGAGAAUUUAUACUAUCCGGAAUUCCCCUAGCACCAAGAGGUAUGGGUAAAUUCACUGUUUGUUUCGAUAUAAAUGCAAACGAGGUAUUAAACCUUUCAGCAAAGGUAGAUGCAACUGGUGAAAAGAAAGAAAUGACAAUAAUUAAUGAAAAAUGGUGGUUAAGGACUGAAGAGAUAGAGACAAUGGUGCAAGAGGCAAAAAAGUAUAGGGUCGAGGACGAGGAAUACAAGAGAGGAGCUAAAGCCAGGAUUGCUGUGGAAGACUAUGCUUACAACAUGAGAAAGAAUGUCAAGAAGUUAGAGGUGGCAAUAGAUGAGACAUUUAUUUGGCUCGAACACAAUCAGGUUACUAACAAAGCGGAUGUGUUUCAGGUCAAGCUUAGGGAGUUGAAAAGUGUAUGCAAUCCCAUAAUUUCCGAGGCUCGUGAUUCUAGUUUUGAGGAACCUUAG